UUAUCACAGAAAAUAAUAUUAUUUGUGGAUAACAUACGUUUUACAUUCGUUAUGAAAAUAAAUAAAUUGAAAUAAUAAACCGCAUGCGGUCUGAUCAAUUUUCAUGUUAACUCACCUCGAAUAGCCGUCGCGAAACGGAAGUGGAUUUGAUCUUUUGGCCUUUAGAAAAACGGUUACGUGCGCUCACGUAUCAAUUAGUCCUCCUUUAACCCAACCGGUUAGACAGAGAGAAAUAAUCGCCGACAGCUCCGAGCGAUUUUCCAUAAGAGCCGAAAUGAAAGAUGAAGUGCGCGCGCUCCCAACAGGCCAUUUUGUCACAAUACUAACCUUUUGUUGUGAUCUAUCGAAAUGAGUUAUUACCAGUGAAUUAACCCUCUAAUUAAAAUAUCUGGAAAGAAAGUGGGGCAGUUAAUUAUUUUAAACAGUGUUGUUCGUAUGUGUGAUGGGUUUAAGCAACAUGUAAACAAACAAAACGGUAAAUUUAUGGUGGAAGCGACUCCUUGCCGCCGGAUCGUUUACUACAUUUGCGAAGCAAACGAUUGAAAAGUGUUGGCGCAAAAUUGCGUCAUUCUGUUGUAGUGGUGAGAGUGUUUGGGGUGAAAUUGCAUUUAAUCGAAGCGGAUACAUCAGUAUAAUCCAGUUGAAAUGAAUGAGCCAGAGGAUGUAGCUCAAGACGUGUGGCUCAGUUGGAUUUUGGAUGCCAUCAGAAAAAUUCGUAACCAAAAACAGCGGCCCAGCAUUGAAAGGAUAUGCCAUUCCAUUCGUUUGCAUCAUAACUUUCAUGAAGAUGUCAUUGCCGAACAUCUAGAAGUAGCAGUUAAGGAUGGGACUAUAUUAAAAGUGUUUAACAAAGGACAAAGUUCUUAUAAAGAUCCUGGAGGUUUACAAAGUCGGACACUUCGACUUCAAAAAGGAGGUGAUUUAACAAAAAUCGUCACGAAAGCAGUCAGAGAGAUCGGAGAACGAGAUGGUUCGAGUCUAAAAGGGAUUGAGAAAUACAUAAGGCAGUCACAUACAGUUAUAGAGGAGGAAUGUGACUUGCCAACUCAAAUCCGGUUGGCUGCAAAAAGAGCUGUUACGAGACAGUUGUUAAUUCCGAAUGGAAAAAAUUUCAAAUACAACUACACCUUGUGCAGUCCCGGUGUGAAGAAAAGGGUAGAGGCAGUUAAGAAGGGAAGCAAAGAGUUAGAGCUGGUUUGCAAGCAAACACCAACAGCGCUACCGAUUUGUUCAGAGUGUUUAGGAACAGAGUCAAAGAAUAAGAAAGGACAAUCGGAAAAAUUAAGUGCCUGUUCCGAAUGCGGAUCUCUAGUUCAUCUUAGUUGCACCAAGGCAGGGCCUGAGUUGGCUGUCCUGCUUGCCAAGGGCGGUAAAUGGUUUUGUGAGGAAUGCAAAGUGUGCGACGGAUGUGGUAAUUCGGGGAUUUCAACUUGCCUGCUCUGUUGCUGCAGUUGCGAGAGGCAAUACCACAUGGGCUGUUUAGAUCCGCCUGCAGAAAAGAAACCAAAAUGCCCCUGGCGAUGUAAACAUUGCCUUAGUCAUCACGACAGCGUAAGCAAGGCCCAGAAAAAAGAACCAGGCAGCGCUGUGAAGAAAAAAAUCGACAAGUUCAGAGAAAAGAAACAAGAAACGUGCAAUGAAAUUCUUCCGCCAGAAGUAACGCCGGACUUACCUGUUUCAACCAGUACACCCACCGUGAAAACGCCCUGCCGAAAGAGUCGAGCGCCUUCAGCAUCAGCAGUAAGCGAAAGCGAACACAGUGACAGUCAGGGUACGCAAAAUCCUAAUACACACUCCCGUCUUAGUAAGAAAUCUCCUUUACCUUGUCCCAAUCCUAAUACGUCCACCGAUCAGGAGGCCACAGACCAAUUAGACACUCCCGAUAAAAUGUCCAAGGAGAAGCAGAACUUUUUCAAAAAAUCCGCCUAUAAUUCCGGAAAACGCUCCCAGAGGAUAAAGGAGACGAACAUGAAAAAAACAGUCGCGAGUGAGCCGGAAAAAGAGGUCAAAGAGGAAGUGAGUAGGAGGAGAACAAGGCACGAAACUAAUAUCAGUGAGAAAGAUAACAUUAAACCUAAAGCCAAAGUUAUACCUAAGUCUAAUACCGCCGUCAAGAAAGAGGUUAGGAAUGGAAGUAUAAAGAGCAAAGAUGUCGCGCCGCCGAAAAAAAGCCAAAGACUUAAAGCUGCAGCUUCAGCGACAGCCGAAGCGGAACGUGGGACCUUACGACGGAGUGAGAGGGCUGAAGCUAAAAAGAAAGAGCAAGAGAAACAGACUACUGAGGAGGAGGACGAGGAAGUUGUUGAAGAAGAGGAAUCCGAUGAAGACUCUAGUUCUGAAGACGAUGAAUGUUUAAGUAGUUCGUGCGAGUCUGAUUCGGCGCAGUCUGAUUCUUCCGCGGAUAAUUCUCAGUCCGAUUCCAAGAUGCGAAUGCAAAAAGUGGUGUUACCCGUUAAUACUUUUGGUGAAAAACACGACACGUUCGGUAGUAUAAGUGGUAUUAAUAUCGAUAAUAAAGACGCUCCGUGGGGUUUCGCAGCGGCGGCUCAAGGGGUACAAAAGGCGGACAAAACUGAAAAAAGUGAAAGCAAGAACUUGUUUACCACCCCUACAGAGAAAGUUACGUUGUUCGACAAACCGAUUGAGAAGAGUUCUGACGAAAAGAAACAACCCCCGCAAGGACUGGGACAGUUGAAGGGAUUGUUUGACGGUUUAUCUCACUUUUUCACCGCUCCGACGCAAAACAGAGCCAGCCGGUCACAUCCGAACUACAACCCGAACAAACGCAAGCCGAAGGAUGCUUCCCCGAAGGAGGAAGAAAAAGACGUAAAAGGGAGCAUUCCUGUCCCUUCCACUCCUGUCCUUUCCCAUCCGGCCAUGUCUCCUAGCGACCUAGUUAAGUCGGCAGUUAACUCACAAGAGCAGGAGGCGGAAAGGCGCCAAACCAUCAAGAGCGAGGACGUAAAGACGGCCAACGCCGCCGCCGCCACUGGCGAUAAGUUGCCGACGCCGGCCAAAAGGCGUCUCCAGCAGCAAGGGCCGCCGCGCACGCCGCUGGCCUGCAAUCAGACGGAAGAAAUGAAGACUCUACAGCUGCCACCUGGCGUCAAUCAGAGAGACCUGGAUCUUUUCAAGGAAGCUCGGGAGAAAGCCAAUGCGGCCACAGCAGCCAUUCUACAAGCUGCCGAACUUGCCAAUCAGUGCAAUGUACCCGUUUCGCCGUCAAAACUGAUGCACGAGCAGCCUCGCAAUCCCGGAGCCAUAGAGUUCGGAAAGUACGAAAUUCAGACUUGGUACUCUAGUCCUUUUCCGCAGGAAUAUGCCAGACUACCGAAACUGUUCCUGUGCGAAUUCUGCUUGAAGUAUACUAAAAGUAAAGCCGUCUUGGAGCGUCAUCAGGACAAAUGCACCUGGCGACAUCCCCCCGCAACGGAAAUUUACCGCUGCAAAGACAUUUCUGUUUUUGAAGUGGACGGAAAUGUCAACAAGAUUUAUUGCCAGAACUUGUGUCUACUUGCCAAGCUGUUUCUAGAUCACAAGACGCUUUACUAUGACGUCGAGCCGUUUUUAUUUUACGUCUUGACGAAGAACGACAAGAAGGGUUGUCAUCUAGUAGGAUAUUUUUCCAAAGAAAAACAUUGUGCUCAGAAGUAUAAUGUGAGCUGUAUCAUGACAAUGCCGCAGUAUCAAAGGCAAGGCUUCGGGCGAUUUCUGAUCGAAUUCAGUUAUUUAUUGUCAAAGGAAGAAGGACAACCCGGCACUCCAGAAAAACCUUUGUCAGAUUUGGGGCGCGUGUCGUACUAUUCUUAUUGGAAAUCUGUAGUUUUAGAAUAUUUGAAUGUACAUAGAAAUGAAAAUAUUGAUCUUACAGCAAUAAGCAAGGAAACUGGAAUGUACUGUCAAGACAUAGGACUGGCUUUUCAGUUGUUAGGUUUUGUUAAAAACGUCCCGACGGAGGAUGAAGGCAACAAAAUAUUGUUCUGUGUGGACUGGAAAAAGGUCUCCAUUCACGCGGAUAGGGUGGCAAAGUCAAAAACUCGAAUGUAUAUCGAUCACGAAUGUUUAAGAUGGAAACCUUUGCUGUCAAACGCUACCAAUCAAUUUCGGGAAGAAAAAUCCGAUAGCGAUAUCGAAAAGAGUGCCAACGAAACUACAGCUAAUAUUCUGACAGCUCCAGAAAAAAUUAUAAUCGAAAAUACUCAAGGCGUCAAAUUAAAAAGGGGCAAGAAAAGGAAGGUUUCCGCCACUGUCCGAACGCCGAAACCGUCUAAGAAUGAAGUGAAAACUGUCACGGUCGCGCCAGAAGAUAACGCUACAGAAACACCAUUGGCUGCCGAGGAGAUUGAAUUAACUUCUUCAGGCAGAAAGCGAACGCGACCUAUGAAAUUUAACGAAACCACGUAUGCCGAUGUUAAACCCAUCAGGCACCUCGCAACUACAGCAGAUAACGGUAAAAGAAAACGAAACGAUUCUGAAGCUGAUAAGGAGACUCCUAAGAAAACCAAAACUGACAAGCUACCAGACACUCCUGUUAAUGAAACUAGAGUAGUAAAGAGAUGUAGUACUCAGAAGUCACUUGUCGAAAAAGCGGAUUCUAGUAAUAAUAUAACGUCAUCGAUAACUAGGACAAGGCGAAGCACAGUUCAAGUUAAGGAGAAAAUUGUAGGCGAACGAUGGUCACAGAGAAGAGUGAAGAGACAGAAAGAACUUGAAGAACAACAAAAGAAAGAGCAAGACGUCCAAAAAUCCGAAGACGUCGAGUCUCAGGCUAAAUUAUCAGAACAGGAAGAACCUAUAAAACAGGAUGAACUACAGAUGAUUGUUGAAAAUGAUAAUGCGAAAUUAACAACUCACUCUAAUCCUCCGGAUUGUGCUGUAUCAACGCCGGCAAUCAAUACUGCUCAAGUUAAAAAGAAGCGCUCGGUGAAGAAAAAGCGAGGUAGAGGUAGGGGUAUGCAAGAACUACAAAAGGGCCAGCCUACUCUACCUCAGCUUAUCAAAGCAAAACUUCAAAAGGAUAGCGAGAGUGAAUCGAUCGCAUCUGAAAGGUCCGAGGAUGAACGAAACGGUGGAAAAGUCAAAGAAGACGAAGCUACUGUCACGACACCAGUUACAAAUAAUUUGGAUAAGGUUGAGAAGAAAAGACCAAAGAAAGCGACUAGAAUAUCUACCGAAGAAGAUUCGUGUGCCGAAGCGGAUGACGAAAUGGAAAAUGACGAAUUACCUUUGCCUAAAGACUCUUCUGCUAAAUAUAAGUAUAGAGGUACUCCUACCAAAGAUGAACUGCUCAGAACUCCGCCUAAAAAUAGAAGCGCCAGAGAAAGAGUAACUCCGAACAAGACGACGCCUCCUAAGUCCGGCGGCGAUUCUGAGAACAGGCCGACUAUGUAUUCUACUACCUCUGAAUCUGAGACUGAAAUAGAUGGUCAAAAGAUUAAGUCUAUUUCUCAUAAGAAAAUACUCGAAUUAUCUAAGAGCAAUAGUUUUGAUUUCAGUGAAACGCCCAAAGAGGAGGAUAUAACACAAAAUGGAAUUGUUAGUGAUAAAUGCCAGGAAACAGUUCAAGAUCAGGAAACGGAUAAUGUAAAGAGUGGAGAAGAAAAUGAAGUUCCCGACCAUCAGAUAACAGAGUGCAGUAGAAUGUCUGUAGAUAUGGAAAUUGAAAAAAUGGACGAUUCUCAGCCAAUAAUUGAAAAACAGUGUCAUGAUCCUGCACCUGACAUUAAUUCUGGAGAACCAGAACAGCCUAAUAUUUUAGAACAACCAUUAGAGGCCGUAGAACCAGUAGAAGCACCAAACGUGCCAUCGAUAGAACCCCCGGUAAAUGAAGUACCUGAUGUACGGCUGAAUGAUGUACCAGUGAAAUUAAACGAUACAAGUAUUUCUACUAGUUCAUUACCUGAUUGUAACAUAGAUAUAAAAACAGACAUCGCUCCACAAGUUGAUAAUAAACCUAAUUCUACUUAUAGUGAAGUAGCUGUAGAUUCAAUUACAUCACAGAAUAAUACAAUACAAAAUAUACCAAAUGAGAUUAUUCCAACAACUCCGUUGGUAGAAAUUAAAUCCAAUGUGUCAUCUGUGGAGACUACUAAACCUGAGGAGACUGUUAUAAGUUCUAUUAAAGAUUUUCCUCAGCCACAACAAACUUUGGUUCUUAAUCAUAUUAAUGAACCAUUAGAAACAAAACCGCCGGUUGAGCAACCUAAUAAUAUCAAACUUCCAACUAUACAACCUAAUGCUAGUUGUGAUACAAAAAUAGCGGCGGGUAUCAAUUCAAAUAAAUCCAAUCAGUUAGAUUUGCCAUUAAUUAAUCCUAAGCCAUUUACCCCAGAAACUAUCAUAAAUAAACCAGUUGAGAAGCCAAAAGAUCAAAUAGUUUCGAAAAAUGUCCCUAAACCAUUGCAAACUGAUUUAAUUACAAAUAAAUUAAAGGAAAUUAUACCGAUAAAAGAACCACCAAAGGAAUAUCCUAUUAAAAACCCAGAGCAAAAAUUCGCUUCAGAGAAACGAAUGCCAAUUCAAGAUUUGCCAACAAUACCUCACUUUGCACCCGAACAAAAAUCAGUUAUUGAAAAACCUCCUCAUAAAGAAAUUAAAACAUCACCACCGUCUGAUUAUAAACACUCUGAUAUUCGUGAUUCGAUAAAGUUGAAAGAGGAACAUAAAAUAUCUCCAAAACAGGAACCAGUUAGAACAAAGCAGGAAAAAUAUGAUGAUAAAAGAUAUCAACAGAAACUCGCAUUUGAAGAAAAAUUGGCGUUUGAUGCCCAACCUAAAGUCCAUAUGGAUAAUGAGGCUCUCUUGGCUAGUGCUAUGGCUUCUCAAGGGUACCAUAUGAAUAUGGCGCAAUAUCCUUGGCAAUGGGACAGACUCUGGAGAGAGUAUCCUGGAUAUCCAAUAACACCUUUGCAAUUCCCCCCUUUAGAUAUGCUACCUAAACAACAACCCAGUUGCGAAAAGGAGAAAAGUAAGAGAUAUGAUUCUACAAAAUAUUUACAGCAGAGCAGCAGUAGUUUAAGCAAGUCAAAUAAAAGCGAUAAGAAUCCUUCACCGAGAAAAGAUGAAAAAAUCAAACAUAAGACAGAGUCAGACACUAAUAAAAUUAACACAGAUCAAUUUAAAAAUAACUCCAGUUGUUCUGUAGUAACUAAUGCACAUGUCGUAGAUAAACAGCCGCCAGUUUCUAUGGUUCCAAAUAUUAUGACCGCUAAUGCAAAAGUGUCUAGUAAAAAUAGAGAAGAGCACCAUAAAAUUGUUUCUGAUGCUAAUCAACAAAUUAAUCCUAUUAAACAGCCACAGCAGACACAGUCAGUUUCAGACAUACCACCAUCAAUGGGUGUAUAUACACCUGAUUCUACUACAAAUUCAGUUCAUAGCUUACCUUACACUCAGUUUGAUCUGGAUGUUACACAGGUUGGUUUAGAAUCUCCCGCUUCAAUAUCAAGUGACAUGGCGUCUCAAAAUUCGGUAGAAGUUGUGAGGCCACCUUCAGCCAUUGCUUCACAUCCUCCACAACAAAAUCCUCUGACAAAUUAUGAUUGCAUGCAGCAGCAAAAUAUGCAAGCGCAAGGAGUGACUAUACCUGCAUCCAGCCCUAAUUUAAACGCCACAAUGCAGAUUCAACAAAAUAAUCCUCAGCCAUCUAGUCAAAGUCAGAGUUCAUCCAGUAAGAGGCAAAUGCAGCAACAACGUAAUAGAUCAACGACACCGUCGAGCAAACAACACAAUAUGAGAACUACACCGCCGAGUGCGUCUCAACAAACUCCUUCAAGUAGACAAAGGGCGACUCCUCCAUCUGGUCAUCAACUCCAGCAUAUGCAGGCUAGUCCUACAGCUACUAAUGUACAACACCAAGUUAUGCAACAGCAACAUCAACAACAGUUACAACAUUUGCAUCAGCAAGUUGCAGCUGCGGCGGCUGUGCAUCAAGGUUAUGCUUCUCACCAGCUUAGCGCCAGUGCUAUGCAUCAGCAUGCCCAUCACGGACACCCUUCUGUUAUUAAUCAGACAAAUUAUAUUCCGACUGUGACGACACAGGGAUUUGCUACGCAGAGUAGCAGCACUUACGUUAAUGUACCUAUGUCUACUGUCAUACAUAAUAGAAUGACGCAGCAAAGUGGAAUCAGCCCUUUGAGUACUCUGGGUUCGACGCAUCAAAAUCUCACCGCAUCGCCUAGCUGCGCCGUUACUAGCGCGGCGAGCUUUUAUAUUCAGACCAAUCCGCAUACACAUUCUCAUACGCCAGGACCAACCGCGCCGACUCAAUCUCCUAACAAUUUACAAACUAAUACAGGACAAACCCCAUCAGGUAAUUCAAGUUGUAGCUUAGCGAAACUUCAGCAGAUGGUUUCGAAUGGAGUGAUACCGCCUACGUCUUGUAAUACGAUGACUCCACCUCCCACAUCUAUGACUCCUCCUACACAUCAUCCUCAUCCAAUGACACCGCCGCCUAGUCAUCAGUCUAUGAUUCAGAACCAAACCGUGAGGAAUUUAACACCUCCAUCCGCCAUACAGCAACAAGUGUUGGGCUAUCAUAAAUAUUAUCCAACGAAUAUAAAUCAGUUGAGCGGAGCUGUUACUCCUCCGAUGGGACAAAAUUUGGCCAGGUCUGGGCGCAAUUCGGUGACAAACGUUGCAGCUAUGCAACACAUGCAAAACUCUACGAGCAGAGUUACUCCAAAUGUUUCUCUCAAUCCUUAUGUUAUGAAUAAUUCCUUGAAUGGAUACAGAAUGACGCCUCAACAAGCACCAAGCGCCGUUACAAGUUACAUUGCUAAUACUCCUGCUGGUUUUAUCAACAACCCUCAAAUUUCGACGAUGCAAAUGAUGAACAUGGCAGCUCAAACGCAGUAUCAAGAUCCCGCAGCGUUGCAAAGAGCUCAACAAAAUACUAUGUAUACCUAUAGUUACAUAAAUGGUAUUGUCCAGCCACUUAAUGGGCCAAUGAGGCGUUAGAUGAAAUAAUGCUUCAUACACUUUGAGAUUCUUUUUACUUAGAUACUUUAUUUAUGAAAAAUUGACUGGUAUAUAUUGUCUUGUAUUUUUACAAAGUCUUAUAAAAAUGGAAAUUAUGCCUUAACAAUUUGUGUUUGUUAAUGUUGAAAAUAAUAGGGCUGUGCGUGCUGUACUAUUCUUUUCACUUUUUUGUAUUUUAUUUGUUCGGUUGAACAAAGUAUUAUAUUUUUUUAUGAUGUAAGUGUUUGUAUUAUAAGUCAUUUAUUUAAGGUAGUUGACGUUAUAAAACUUUUAACAGUAUGUAAGAAAUGUACAUAUUAAGAAAGGACGAGGUCUUAAUAUAUUUAAUGUUGAAAUUG